UCAACAAAAGUACGUGUAUACUGUGUUAACAUUGUACGGAUGGCAUUCAUCGGAUUGCAGAUAAUUCGUUUAUUUUUUUCUUCUGAAUUUCGAGAUGAAAACAAAAAUACGAUGCAUAUCAAUAAGCAACACAGAAUCAUCAGACGAAUUCAAUGCAGGACAUUUGCUCAACGAAUUUUCAUUGAACGGAAAGUGUAGUGUGAGUGUUCAAUUCAGAAAGUCGAUUUAGUGCAUACAGGACAAUGAGACCGGCCGUUAAUUCAGUUAUCAACUCGGCGAUGCGUGUAACAAUCAACUCGUCCACUGAUGGCAUUCGAAAUGAGUCGGCUGCAAUUGUUGAAAAAUUGUCCGACCCAAAUAUUCGUCGUGCCAACUUCAUUUGGCCGGAAGAUCCAGCCGACGAACUUCCCGUCAAUUUUCCUAAGUUUAUCAAUCAUUUUGAAAAUCGUCGUUUGCACAUGAGCGCCUUGGUGCCGUUUGGUGUGAUGCUGGUGUUGUCCACUAUCAUUUUUAUCAUGAUCAUUUUUCGCCGAUGGCCUGGCCUUGUCUCUGGAAUCGUUGCCGGUUGCUUGACAUUCAUUUCCAUUUACUUACUCUUGUUGACGCUCAAAGAAGAAGUUUUGGUUUAUGAAUGAAUUGGAUUUACCCAACAAAUGCAAUGAAUAUUUAGAAAUACUUAAAUUUUAGAUAAGUUCCGCCACUCAAAGAAGCAUUUAUCGAUAGACAAAUAAGAAUAUUAGCAUUUAAAUAGAGUUAUUUGGAGCAAAUAAGUUCACAAUGAGAAUUAAAUGAAAUCAUUGGAAGGUAUCAAACGAAAUAAAGAAGAUUUAUUUGCG